CCCACACUACACACUACCUCACCCUACCCCACUUCACCUCACCUUACCUCACCUCACCUCACCUCACCUCACCCCACUAAUUUUUGAUCAGAUACAUUGGGAGACUGCAUAUCUGUGAUUCUUCGGCUUGCAAGCCCUACCAGUGAAAAAGUGCAAUAGAAAUCCUUGUAUGCGACAACAGCCACCCCGCCAGAUAAGAUAAUGAAAUCACAUAGCGAGAUGGGCAAAAUGAGGUUUCGUCUCAUUUAUUCUUGGGCCACUCACUUCUGUCUCCCAUGCAUUCAGAUGCCAUUCCCCCCCUCCCCCCAAUGAAUUUUCUUCUUUCCAGAGGAAACAAAGUCAGCCAGGGUAGUUGGAAAGGAACGAAUUGCGACUAUCAUUCUACAUUUACACGGUGGAGAGGGCCUGCAGAACGACAUGGUUGACAAGUCGUCUGCAAGAAAUGGUAGAUAAAUACACUGUAUGUAGCCACUUUUAUAACUUCUCCCGAAGGUUCCUUGGUAUGUCUUCAGUCACCGCGUUACUUUAAUAACCUAUACUAAAAUGUCACGCCUACCCCAAAGAUCCAGGGCAAUUCGCCAUCUCUAUGAAGAUGCCCAGAGUAGAAUCAUCGAAAACUCCUCAACCAGGUACUGGAGUUUCCGGAUCAGCCACCUUAUCGACCACUCAACUUGGAACUAUGCGCCAGAGCAACCACCUACCUAUGGGACUGAUCCGAGAAGGAUGGAUGGAAGUCUUGAGCAUUUCCAAGAUCGAGAGUGGAUCCGCCACGGGGUGCAUGAGGCAAAGAAGACAGAUGCAAGCCCGGGUGAGAUCCAAAUUUGCGAGACUCAAUGUUUUAUUGGGUGUCGAGACUCGUGCGAGUGGUUUAGGCGUGCUAGAAUAUUUGGCUUCACGACGAUCGGAACCACGAUUAAAUUCUGGUUGUUCAAAGCCGAUGAUCCCUAUCUUACCCCCUGGGGGCCUGGAAUCACGGACUACAUCGAUGACAGUGCCAGAAACUUCGACGACAUCACAAGGGCCUUCCAACAAAUGAUCAACAACAAUGUCCAAACGACUGGAUCUCAGUCUCCGAGGCCCUCAAAUGUUGUGCUUCCAGUGGAAUGGCAGGGUUAUGAAACUUCUUCUCAGCGAGAGCAGUCAGGCGCAUCGACUGGUUACGGUACGAAUAGGCCCUACACUUACGAUAUGGCUUCACCUACCGCUACUCGCGAUGUGGCCACUUCAGGCCAAUCUUCUGGCUCAGCCCUCACGACGACUGGUCAAGAUUCAACUGAGCCCUACACUUACAGUAUGACUUCUGGUUCAUCUACCACUACUCGUGGUGUGGCCUCUUCUGGCCAAUCUUCCGGCUUAGCGCUCCCGACGACUGGUCAAGAUGCUACUAAGCCCUACACUUACAGUAUGACUCCUGGUUCAUCUGCCACUGCUCGCGGUAUAGUCACUGACCAAUCUGCCACUAUUGCUGGCUCAUUUGUGCGUAUCCUUCCUCGACCUAGUUCUUGAAACAGAUUCUCACAUUAUGAACUAGUAUUCCUCAACCAUUGCUAGCGAUGCGGUCGCUGCUGGCUCGCGUACUACGCCGGUACCAGAGGCUAGUAGUUCCUCAGCUGGACCAGCUCAUUUGUCCCGUGAAGAUGACAUGACGAUGGAAGAUAUCCGUGGUGAACCAGAUUCUGAGUCACCACCAGCAACUGGACCUGAGUAUGUUGAGCCUUAUAAAUAUGUGGUGAAAGAGAAGAAGAAGGACCGUCUUAGAGAGUAUACAUAUUAUCGCUUCAAUACUCCCCGAGGACCUGUCCAAACCGAGGCGAGUGAUUGGAAAAGAGGAACCAUUGAUGGGCAGCCUGGCUCGAUUUAUACAGGGAAGAAAAGUGGAAAGCAAUACUACACCUGGGAAUUGCCUAGAACAUAGGCAGCGGUACGUAUUGAAUCGUGGUGCAAGAGCCAUUUCUUCUGAUUCGUACGGCGAUACGUACUCUCUUUAUAAUCUUGGGAUUUCUUUUCUAUGCCCUCAACUCACGGCCGUCUCACGGAUGUCAGUAUUUUCAUAUUCACCUUGAUUGCGAAGUAUGCUUGAGAACAUGUUGCGUCAAUUUCAAGAAACUGUCUUCUAAUGAUUUUCUACUCUAACGAUCUCAUCGUACUCAGAGUUGAAAAGCCACAAAACAUGUUGUACCUUUUCACUAGCAAAGUCAAUAGUAUCAUAGUUCCCUGUUCCAGCCUUA